CCUCCCCCAAGCCCGCGCUGCGCCCUGGCCCCCUUUCCUCGGAUGUGAGUGCGGCUGCAGGCACGCAGGCCGAGACGCUGUGGAACCGCGACGCGAGCAUCCCAGGCGGUGAAGUCGGUGGCCUUUCCAAUCCCCCCUCCCCCUUGGUGGUGGUGCUCAGGCUACUGCGUGCGCCGGGUGCCCCCGAAUCGCCCUCUCAGCCGCUUCUCGCCGCAUUCGGCGACGGGGACUGCGGGAAGCAGCUGAGAGGCAAGCGGAGGUCGGCGACUGGCCUGGCGCCGCUCGUGCAGUUAGUAAUAGCUCUGCAAGUCUGCAAUAAAAAAUGGCCUCCAAUAAAACUACAUUGCAAAAAAUGGGAAAGAAACAAAAUGGAAAAAGUAAAAAAGUUGAGGAAGCAGAGCCUGAAGAAUUUGUGGUAGAAAAAGUACUGGACCGUCGUGUAGUGAAUGGGAAGGUGGAGUAUUUUCUGAAGUGGAAGGGAUUUACAGAUGCUGACAAUACAUGGGAACCUGAAGAAAAUUUAGAUUGUCCAGAAUUAAUCGAAGCAUUUCUUAAUUCUCAAAAAGCUGGUAAAGAAAAAGAUGGUACAAAAAGAAAAUCUUUAUCUGACAGUGAAUCUGAUGAUAGCAAAUCAAAGAAAAAAAGAGAUGCUGCUGACAAACCUAGAGGAUUUGCUAGAGGUCUUGAUCCUGAACGAAUAAUUGGUGCCACAGACAGUAGUGGCGAAUUGAUGUUUCUCAUGAAAUGGAAAGAUUCAGAUGAGGCUGACUUGGUGUUGGCAAAAGAGGCAAAUAUGAAAUGUCCUCAGAUUGUAAUUGCUUUUUAUGAAGAGAGACUAACUUGGCAUUCUUGUCCAGAAGAUGAAGCUCAGUAACUUACAUCAUUUGGUUACUGUUUCAGCAGAAGCCAGAAAAAUAACUUUGUAGUAGUCAAAAUGUUAUCCUACUGUAUAUUGUUUACUUUAUUGUAAAUAAUGGUGAGCAGUGGUCAAUAAAUAGUUUUAUAUUCCUUUU